AUGCUAAAGAUGAAUAUUUUCGAUAAGAUUUAUAAAUAUAAAGGAGAUAAGGAGCUGGAUUAUCCUCCAGGGACAGAUGAGGUGUCUGAUGUAGAACAUCAGGAAUGGACGUUGAUUCCAGCUCCGACAGAGGAUAUUCAUGAUCCAUUAAACUGGACAAAGCGGUGGAAAUGGAUUACAUUGAUGAAUGAAUUUGGGUGGUUGUGGUCUGCAAAUUUUUUUAUAAAUGCAUUUGGCUCUUUAUAUCCGGUGCUUGAGAGGGAUUUCCAAAUUACGACGAUGCAGGUGACAUUGUUUAGUACGGUGAUGACACUUGUUAUUGGGUUUGGGAAUUUUAUUACACUUCCAUGGUCGAUGAAGAUUGGGCGUCGUUCGAUGUUUUUUUUUACGAAUAUCUUUGUUAUUCUUUCCUAUAUAUGGACUGCGACUGCUAAGACAUAUGGGAGCAUGAUGGGAGCACGUAUUUUGUCGGGUGUGUUUGCUGCACCCAUUGAAGUUGCUGGGCCUAUGAUUGUUUCUGAUUUAUUUUUUACACAUGAACGUGGGUAUUACAAUGGUGUUGCAUAUUUAUCUUUAAUUGUUUCGUCUUAUAUUUCAACACCAAUAUCAGGUGCUUUUGCUGAUACGAUUGGAUGGAGGAAAUUCUAUUGGUUGGGAUCCGCAAUUAUGAUUUUGUCUCAGCUUUUUAUUUUCUUUACAAUGCCGGAGACAAAAUAUAAUCGGACAGUGACUCAGGUGACUGUUCUUCCCAAAGAAUUGUAUAGUAAUACUACGGCUGCUAAAGAUGUGGAAACUAGUGAUGAUAACGCCUUGGAGAAACACAAGGUCGAGGGACUUAGUGAAGUAUGGGGUUAUGGGAAACCGAGUCCUCGUCAAUGGAAACUUUGGAGCUCUCCAGAUAAGACAGUUUCUAUUUGGGAGCUUCUAUCUACGCCGAUUAUUAUUAAUAUGUGGCCAGCUGUUUUAUAUGUUUCAUUGGCGUUUACGAGUUCAGCUGGUCUUUUGCUUUCGAUCGGGUUUAUUCAGUCACAGGUUUUUAGUGUUGCCCCAUAUAAUUUUACUGCGAUGCAAGUGGGUAUGACAAAUCUUGGUUUUGUUUUUGGUGGUGUUCUUGGUACCUUGUUUGCAGGAUGGUUUAAUGAUAUUAUACUCAAAUAUCAAACGAAAAAAAAUAACGGAAUUCGUGAAGCCGAAAUGCGUCUUUGGGAUGUCAUUCCAUGGACUUUGAUUGGUUUAGUUGGUGCGUAUAUUUUUGCAGUCGGUAUUUCGAAAGGAUGGAACUGGUUUGUUGUUUGUGUUUUGGGGUUAUUUGUUUGUGGGUCAGGAAUGUCUGCUAUACAAACGGUGGCUGUUACUUAUGCAAUUGAUUGUUAUAAACCUUUUAGCAGUCAAAUAGCACUUACCGCAUGUUUAUGGAAGAAUUUUUGGGUAUUUGGUGUUGGUUAUUUUAUCAAUAAUUUAACUGCUUCCCGUGGAACAGUUGUUUCUGUUACAGUUCUUGCGUUACCUGUGUUUCUUACGGUUAUUGCAACUGUACCUAUGAUUAUUUAUGGUAAAUCAUGUCGAAGAUGGUCUUCGAAGCAUGAAUUAAUUGGAAAAGCACAAAUUUAUUAA